AUGGGGAUGAAGAAUUUGAAUUUGCAGAGAAGGAGAGAGAAUGAAGAAGAUAAAAAGAAGACAGGGAUACUUGCUAGUCCAUGGGUUCUUGGGUAUCCAAUUAUAAACGUAAGAGAUAGCAUUUUUGGAGAUAGUUAUUCAGAUAUUUCUGGAGAUGGCAAUGCUAUAGGAAUUACAUAUUACAUAUUCCCUCUUGCUGGAUUCCACGUAGUAGACAUGCUUGCACAUUUCAGUUCCAUGUUUUUUAUAUUUAAAGUUGGAGUUCAAAUGGAUCCCAAAAUAUUAAAGAGAGCUGGGUGGCGAACACACAUAAUCGGCUUUUGUUGUAUUGCUUGCGCUUUUGCAGCUGGAGGUCAAUUUUCCCAUGGACUCAAAGAUGAUAGUAUACCGGGAUUAAAGUCAAGAGAUUUAGGGUUUCGGAGCUCUGAUAGAGUAGUAGAUCUAUUCGGCAUGAUUUCUUUCCCUGUUAUAGUCUAUGUACUCGAUGAUCUCAAAAUUCUUAACUCCGACCUAGGUAUUUUAGCGAUUCAUACAGCAAUGGUAGCUGAUUUUCUUCACAUGGGUUUAAAAUUCUUUGUCUUUUUCCGCCAAAUAAUCACAAGUGGAAGACACGCUUAUGCACUACCUGCAGUGUACAUCUUAUUGGGGACGGUUAUUUUUAUAUUUUUUAUUGUGCGACCGGCAGCGUUAUGGAUUGUAAAGAAUACACCUGAAGGGAGACCAGUAAAUGAUGUUUACAUUACUUUGAUAAUGGUUUCAGUUCUGAUCUGUGGAUUAGCUAGUGAAUAUUGUGCAUUGAAUGCUACAGUUGGGGUUUUCUUACUAGGUUUGGCUAUACCUGAUGGUCCACCUUUAGGAACAACUCUAGUUCAGAAGCUACGCAUUGUUAACGUAGUUUUCAUGCCUCUUCAUAUGGGUAUCGUUGGAUAUAAGACGGACAUUUUCAAAGUUAAGUUUUAUUAUCUAUGGCGUGUUAUCCUGGUCAUGCUUGGUUGUAUCAUUGGAAAGAUUAUCGGGCUUUUCAUCCCAGCUGUGCUUCUUGGAUUCUCUCCGCGAGAUAGUUUCUUGCUUGGACUUAUUAUGAACAUUAAAGGCAUUGUCGAGGUUUCCACACUUAACACCUGGUUAGAUUCAGUAAAUAACAAAAAUAUUUUUGGUGCAUCAAAUACAAUCAUGGUUCUCGGGCUUGUAGUGCUAAUAGCAGUUAUUACACCUACAGUGAAAUACCUCUAUGACCCUUCAUCGAAAUACUUAACCUAUAAAGGAAGGUCAAUUUUGCAGUCAAACGAGAACAACUCGGAUUUUCGUGUACUUGUAUGUGUUCACACCAUAGAUGAUGUUCCAGGCAUUAUCAGACUCCUUGAAGCGUCCAAUCCUAACAAAUUCCGCCCCCUCACCAUUUACCUCCUCCAUCUCGUUGAGCUUGUUGGUCGUGCUUCUCCUCUCCUUAUUUCCCACCCAAGGGAUAAACUUGCUUCCACGUCAAACCCUACAAAAUCGGAAAGGAUAAUCAAUGUUUUCCAACAAUUCCAAAACCGAUGUCAGAACUUUGUUACAGUUUAUCCCUUCACCACCAUCUCUCCGUAUUCUUCAAUGCACAACGAUAUAUGCACCAUAUCAGUCGACAAGGGGGCUGCUCUCAUUAUCUUUCCUUUCUGCAGGCAAGACGCAAUUAAGCUGAGGGAUGAUGUGGCCAGACCAAAUAUUUCAAAUCGUGCUAUGAAAACCCUUCUUCUAAAUCUGUUGCGGAACACCCCAUGCUCAGUCGGGAUCUUAAUGGAUGGUAGUAAUCACCAGACACAAUCUACUUUUUUCUUGUCCGACACGCCUUACCGCGUGAUGGUACUCUUUUUUGGUGGCCCGGAUGAUCGAGAAGCAUUGGCUUUUGCAAUGAAUAUGAUUCAUCAUCCGUCUGUCUUCGUUACUGUUGUUAGAUUUUAUGAUCCUGCAAGUUUAUCAUCCAACGGAGUUAUUGACUAUCACAAUAAAUCUGUUAGCAUUGAUGUUGAGAGGCACAUGUUCCUUGAUGAUGAAUUGGUAGACCAUUUCAGGGUUAAUACAAUGCAUGACGACACGUUGAUAUACAAAGAAGUAGAAGUAAAAGAUGGUGCAGAUACAAUAUGGGCAGUACGGUCACUUCAUGAAGAUUUUGAUCUUAUGCUCGUAGGAAGACAACAAAUCGCUGAUUCAAAAUUAAUUUCAGGAUUAGAUACUGAUUGGGAAGAAUGUGAAGAGCUAGGAGCUAUCGGGGACAUGGUAACAUCUCCUGAUUAUGGUGGCGGGGGCUCAAUCUUAAUAAUUCACCAACGGAAAGAUAUCAGUUAA